AUGGAUACCGUGGAUGUUGAGACAAAUGUUCUCCUCAUUAACAACAUCACGAGUGUCGAAUAUCGGUUCUACGAGCCCUCCGCAGAUUCGAAGCAGACAUUCUAUCCGAACUCCCUCAAAAUCGAAACAAAUCUCAGAGAACAAGGUCACAUUGUCUCUUUCGAUGCCACGCGGCGAGGGUUAUGGUAUUUUCGCAUUCAGCGUUCUACGGAUGCUGAGCCGGAAGCUCCGACAGAACUGGGUGCGACAGUUACCGUAAAUGGCCAAUCUUUGGUAUCGGCGAAGAAUGGAUCUAUGCAACCGUCCAUGUGGUAUAAAGCCCUCACCCCCGAGCUACCGAAUCCUCAAAGACCCAAUCCAACAACGUCCGGUCAACCAACACCUUUUCAUAUUACAGGACCCCAGCAGGGCCACGAAGCGACAGCAAUUGCAGAACAGACGGAGCUGCAGGAGGCAGACGGAUAUGCUCCCAAAACGCUCUACAAAUCUUUUAUCGGGUCGCUCCUCUUGACAAUUUGUUCCAACUUUUGCGCCCGUUCAGAAGCCGUGCCUUUGAACUUCCGGACUGUCCUUCUCCCAGCGCUGAAAUCUCCAGCCGCCACAGACCAAUGGGUCGGGGAGCAAGCCCAAGCUUUGGGCACACUGAAAUGUUAUAUGAUUAGCACAGGAUCGCUAAUACUGACGUUCUCUGUGACUAUCUGCCCAGGGCUGGCGAGUUUGGAAAAUAUUUUGAACACCAACCCCAGUCCCAUCGGAAGCAACAUACUCGCGGCGCCUUUUGGUGUCAUGACAAACGAAGAGCAACAGCCCCCAUCCCACUCGUCUGGGUCCAAUCUGGCUCACACCCCCAGUACUCAGGCUUUAGCGCAGAUAUCACCGUCGGAUGCCAAUAGUUCGCUCUGGAAGCAAGCAUGCUUGGCUGUACUUGAGCUUCGCGGUGUUCCAGGAGCUGCGCUGCGUGACUGCUCAUGGGUUAACUUGCUUAUAUCCAAGCCCAAACUGCAGGACACGAGACCAGAAAAUGGACGCGGUGCACUUUCCACCAUCAGCAUCCCCUGGCCUGGAUCUCUAUGCUUCAGAAAAAAGGCUGUCGAACUGUCGGCCACGAAUCGUAUCAGUGACACGAUUGUAGCCGGCCAUGACGAAAUGCAUGACCCGCUAGGAGAUGCGCGCAGAUGGCUUAGUUCGGCCAACGAGAGAGAAGAGCGAGUCUCCAAGCGACACACAGAACGAUCUGCUGCGGGAGGAAAGGAGAACUUGACCGUGGAUGCACGCCUCGCGAAAAUGAAUGCACCAUCUCCUGUGACGAUGCGACGACCGAGCACAACAGGUAUAAAUGCAGUGUAUCCAACCCCGCCUGAUGCUAUCCAGAACCUGAACGGCGUGACCCCCUCAAUGGAUGGGAAUCUUUCAAGCCCUGGACAUCCGCUCUCAGUUAUGGCUGACGUUGACAUUGACUGCGAACCACCUGGUGGAGCGAGCUCGAUACACCACCAGGAUGACGAAAUGACCGAGGCGACGGACGCAAAGCCGCCCCGGUCGGAGAACAACCUCCUCGGCGAAGCAGAAGACAUGUUUGACGAUAUGGGUGGAGACAUGUUCGGUGACAACGAUAUUACUGAAGCUGAUUUCAAUUUCUUUGACGAGCAGCCCGAUGAAUUGGGCAUGGAUAUGUCCUUGGAUAGCAUCAAGGCGGCCAGUACUUCCACUUCUACUCCGAUUAAGGCCGAAGAGCCAUCACUACCAGCCUCUGCCACGAUUCCACCGGCAGUAGAACCGAUCGUCUUUGCCAAACCGCAGCUAAAACACGCGAGGAGUUCGCAACUUGAAGAGGGCUUACAGAGGGGCCGAGAGCUACAAGCGAAGUCGACCAAACGUGGCUCAAGUCCUUUUGAUCCUGAUAGUGUCUUCAAAAGGCUUCGAGCCGCUGUAUCCCAGCAAACACAGCGUGCAGCUCAUGGUCCGGGCUCAAGCAGGGGAACCAAAGUCUUUGGAACAGUCGACUUCGACCCAAAAAUGCCUAUGCUUAACAAAAAAUACGAGCAUGGUGGAUUUUUUGACUUUGUGCAACUUGACAAAGAUGCCACCAAAUUGGAGCCCGGUACGCUCCCUAAGACCGAUUAUUUGCGUCGGCACAGCAAAUCCAAAGCCAAGCCGCAAGCCCGGUCGCGCCGGUCAUCGUUGGUGAAGUCGGGAAAUGAAUCUGACAGCCAACUGCUAGACCAUCAGCUCUUGAACCUGGAUGGCGAUAUCUCUGAUGGAGAUGACUCGAGCAGUGGCUCGGACGGUGUGUCGAGCGUGUCUGUCAAAGAGCCUAUCUCGCCGGUCAAGUCGGCUGUGAAACAGUCUUUAUUAGGCGAAGAUGAUGCAGCCUCUUACACCACUACGAGCAGGGAUCAAGAUUUAGCCGAGGAGCCAGACGAGCAACUCGCAUUGGAGCUGCCGCGACUCUCGUUGUUGGAUCAGCCGGAUACAUCGCUUUUCAAGUACUUCGCCGAUCCCGAGCCCCUGGGGCUGCAUACUUUCCUCAACGACGAGGAUCUGAUCCAAGUGGCACAGCUUGUGGCAGAACAGGCAGCCACAGGAUCCUUGACAAUAUUCAAUGAUCAGUCCGAUGUUGGCCUGCUUCCUACCACAGAGGAAGACGCACGAAUCGAGCAGCUCGCGGGCUCACGCAGCGCGUUGCAAGCUCUUCGUGACGCGGCUUCUUCUAUUCUUGGAAGCGUUGCUCCAGUCGGCCUUAAAAGCCUACUUGAAAUUCAAGACGGCUCGCUUCCAGGGCAAGGAAAUCGAGUGCAGCCGCGCCAAGUACCUCCCAGAGACUCGAAUUCAGAGCCGAUCAAGCCCAGCAGCCUCUACCAAAUACCAUGUCCCCAUCUGGAAGUCCGCCGGGCAGAUGUGAAAAUGUCACUACUGCCUACCGCUGUGACCUUCUGGGAGAAUCUAGGACUCGCCCCCUCUUCCGGCAGUAAAGAUGUACACGCAGUAUGUGUGUGCCCUAACUGGACUGGGAUGGUCGACAACGCGCAGACAUUUCUGGGGCGACUGAAAAGUGUUUAUGAAACAUUGAAGCUCGGCAUCUUCGAGAAGUUGCCGCUCUCCGCAGAUAUGGAUGAUGGGCUGCUUUUGUACGGAGUUGACCAAAUUUCAACCGCUCCGGAUGCAGCGAUGAUGGGGAACGGUUCUGCGCUGCUGGAAGGCAUAGAAACGCUGUCCGGUGCUAUGUCGGAUUUGGACAUCGUCGACACAAAUGUGGUGGUUUACUUUUUGUACUCCGCUACCAACCCCGGCACAAUCGUUCAGGCAUGCCUGGCGUUUCAAAGAUUCUUUGACUCAUACAGAAGGACGCUUUCGGCUAAGCGGGAAUCGUCCAAAAAUGAGAUUGUCCUUCAACUUGUUCCCGCAGACGCAGUUUCUAGCUCUACAUCCAUGGUUGUCACAUCUUCUUCGGAGUUGGUUAAGCUUUGCAUGGAGACAUAUGACCGUUGUACGCUCUUCGGUGGGAACAUGCCUGCACCGGCGAUUCGGCUUGAGCAGCCACUGCCGCGCAUCAUUGACUUCAAAUUGUCCCCUGCCCCAUCAUCCUCUCUGGCUCGGGAGAAUUCAUGUAUCCAUAUUGCAUAUGCGCGGAGCAUCGACGGCCGUUGGGUUACCGCGGCUUGGACAGAUGAUAGAGGAAACGAACAAGCUACAGCGGCUUAUUGCCUCGGCCGCAAAGGCGAGCCCGAGUCCAGGACCAUGAACGAAGUCGCAAACGAAAUAUGGGAAACAACUGUGGGGCUUAUAUCGACUUGGAAAGUUCACUACCGGAUUAUCAUGACAAAGUGUGGCCCAACAGACGAAGGCGAAGUCGACUUCUGGGUCGAUCUUGCACGCACCGAAAUCAAUGCCAGCGUUACCAUGAUAGUGAUGACUGUCGACACAAACCCGUCGUUGCAGCUUGUGCCUGCCCCGAUCAAAACGUCGUUGCAGCCACUUUCGAUUUACACGACGCCUGUGUCUACGCCGCAGGCCAACAUUGUAUCGCCUGAAGCUAGCGCAACCCCCGUGACCCCUGCCCGAGACACUGUCGCGACCGUUGCGACGCCUGGCGGCGACAGCAACGGCGAUGCGGAUGUCGACUCAGUGCUGGCAGACGUGAUGGAUCAGACCUGGGGUGCUGUUGCCAACCAUCGAUUGAAUAAUGCCAUCGGUACAACAAGCAUUCAACCAGCACUCAUCAGUGGCUACCUUAUCAAGCGAACCGGUCCCAAAGCGGACGACGUGCCAACCAUCAUGGAGGUCAAUCUUGUUUACACGGAAGCGGCAGCCCGCACAUACGAGCCUUUGCUGCGAGAGAUGCUCAGCUACUUUAGGGGCCUGGGUACUCUAGCAAGGGCUAGGGGUGUCGUCGACCGCGAAACGGAUGUUAGACCUUGGCACGUUGCUGCCGCAGAGAAGGCUCUUCGCGCACUCUAUAUUUUGAUGUAA